CCAUCACAUCAGUUGUCCCCAUCAGAUUGCCCCUUUACAUCAGGUAUCCCCAUCACAUUUCCACCUUGCAUCAGGUAUUCCCGUCAGAGUGCCCCCUUACACUCAAAGUACCCCUUUCUAUCAUAUUUCCCCAUCAGAGUGCCCUUUUUUCAUCAUAUUCCCCAUCAUACGUGCCCCUUAACAUUAAAUGUGCCCAUCAGCGUGCCCCUUAACAUUAAAUGUGCCCAUCAGCGUGCCCCUUAACAUUAAAUGUGUCCAUCAGCGUGCCCCUUAACAUUAAAUGUGCCCAUCAGAGUGCCCCUUACCAUAAA